CAUGGACGCGAUGCGAGAGAUCAGCGGUGGCUCGUGCGCGUACAGGCAACAAGUGGAUUUUGUGAUUUCGAGUGUAUUUGAUUCUUUAUAGAUCACAUUAUUGUGCUAAAUAAAUGUAUUUAGACACAUAUACAGUUAAAGUCGUGUCUGGCGUGCGUUAAAUAAGCAGAAAGGAGCCGUUAAGUAGCGCUUGUAUUCUGACAGGAGCGUUUAACGGAUUUACGGUUAGUUUGCGCAGUUUGAUAUCAUGCGCUCGCGAUUGUGUCUCGCGCGACCUGUUGCGCUAUUGUGAGUGAACGCGCCCGGUGUAGGACAGAAAAGAGCAUUAAUAUAGACGAGCUCAUGAUGUCUGACUCUGGAUCAGAUGAGGAUAUAGCAGCUGAGGACAGAGGCUCGACAGAGUCCGUCAGAAAGGGAUGUGACCCUCUUGUAUCAACCCAGCGCAGCAAACUACAGCAGCGAAGAGCUAAACUCAACCAGCAGAUCAACCGAGAACUUCGUCUGCGGAGCGGCGCUGAAAAUCUCUACAGGGCCAGCAGUAAUCAGAAGGUGAAGGAGACUGUAGCGUUAGAACUGAGUUUUGUGAACUCAAACCUUCAGCUUCUGAAAGAAGAACUAGAGGAACUGAACAGCAGUAUGAACAUCUACCAGACCGAGAGUGAGACAGUCAAUGUUCCCAUGAUUCCACUGGGGUUGAAAGAGACUAAAGAGAUUGACAUGACUGUACCUCUUCAGGAUUUUAUCAGUGAACAUUACGGUGAGGACGCGUCUCUGUACCUGAAUGAGAUCCGGGAUUUCAUGGAACUUAGACAGGCCAUGCGUACUCCCAGCAGGAAUGAAGCGGGGCAGGAGCUGCUGAUGGAAUAUUACAAUCAGCUGUAUUUCCUGGAUCAGCGCUUCUUUUCACCACACAGAAGUCUGGGGAUUCAUUUUCACUGGUACGACUCGCUGACCGGUGUGCCUUCUAUUCAGAGAGCGCUAGCGUUCGAGAAAGGGAGCGUUUUGUUCAACAUCGGAGCACUUUAUACUCAGAUCGGAGCCAGACAAGAUCGUUCCACACUGACUGGCAUUCAGGAUGCCAUCGAUGCUUUCCAGAGGGCGGCGGGUGCGUUUCUCUUCCUGCAGGAGAAUUUCUCUCAUGCGCCCAGUCUGGAUAUGAGUGGCCCCGCUCUGAGCAUGCUGGUCCGCCUCAUGGUAGCUCAGGUUCAGGAGUGUGUGUGUGAAAAGGUCAUACUCAUGCAGGACAACGACCUGAACGUGCUUCUGCAAGCCGCCCAGGAGGCAGCGAGGGUGUCAGACGUGUAUUCUCUGGUUCUUCAGGCGAUGUCAGUCCCGUUACUGAAGGACUAUGUGCCCUUCUCCUGGAUCUCUAUGGUUCAGGUCAAAACGCAUCAUUUCAGAGCGCUGGCCCAUUAUUACGCCGCUGUGGCGCUGUGUGACUGCUCAGGUGCUUCUGAGUGUCUGUGCAUGCCUGAUGAAGACGAUGAUGAAGGUCGAGAAAUUAAAGCUCUCAUACAGAUUCACACCAGACGGCCGGACAAACUGAACCUCCAAGAUCCGGAGGACAAACGGAGGCUCGGUAAAGCUCAUCUGCGCAAAGCCAUCAUACGUCACGAGGAAGCCCUGCGUCUUCACGGCGUGUGUAAAAUGCUUCGAAAGAUGGACAUCCUGCAGGAAGUUCUGUCACAUGCUCAUGCACGCUCACUGGAGAAAUACUCUGAUAUUGAUCAAGAAGAUGAUUUUUGUGAGGUCGCGGAGGCCCCGGAGAUCCAGUCUCACACACAGCAGAAGCCUGAUAUUAAAACUCCUGAUUUCAGUGCCGUCAGAGUGACUGACAUUUUCCAUCGACUGGGACCGCUUUCGGUUUUCUCUGCUCGGAAUCGCUGGGUGAGGCGUCACACGUGUUUGGUUCGAGGAGAGGCGGGGCUUGGGCUUACGCUUCGAGGUGAUUCGCCGGUUCUGGUUGCUGGGGUGUUGCCAGGGGGAUGUGCUGCGGAGGCGGGACUCCGUGAAGGUGAUUAUAUCGUGGCUGUGAAUGGUGCAGAUUGCAGGUGGGCGGAACACGGCGAGGUCGUUCACGCGCUGAAGAGCUGCACGGAGAGAGGACUUGAGCUCGACGUUAUAACUCUACAGUCACACGAGGUCGAGAAGAGGACGAAUCUCUCACCCACUGGUGAAAGAGAGUGUCAGUCAGGCAGUCCGAGGAAAGCGGGUCGGGAAUACGAGCGCGGAUCCUCGUCUAUAUGGAACUGGAGCUGGAGGAGCGGGGGCGGCGGCAGCAAGCGACUCGGGAGCACGUUCAGUCUUUCCUUUGGUAACUUAAGAGAGGGUGAAUCCAUGUACUGAAAACACACCAGGAAAAGAAAGGGAAAAAAAAAGACAAGCACUACUUUACUCAAUCAAUAGAGCACAAUUAUCAGAUAUGAUAGCUGAAGAAAAGUUGGUUUAGGUCAAUUCUAGCACAAUUCUAAGUCUUUCAGAAGAGCAAACGAACUGCCACUGGAUGGAGGAUUUUAUUAUAUGUCUAGUACAAUGCUGCAAUUUAUCACUGAAUGUGUAUUAGUCCAGUGCUUUUAGAAGACUUUUAGUGUCUUGCAUACAGCCACCCCAAAAAGUACUUAAAUCACACUGAAAAAUGGCUGAUUCUCAAAGCAAAUGUUAUGCAUGAAUCAUUUGCUUGUGUUUUUUCUUUCGGAUAACUUAAGCGUCUAAAUACUUUUUGUGGUCGCUGUACAUAUAACAUAGAUACGGCCUUGCGCAACAAAAAUGCAGCUAUUUUCUCCUGAUUGAACGUGCUUCUGUAGGUUUCUGUACUGCAUGUCACAUGACUCCAGAUGUGUUGACAUGCGUGUUUGUUGAAUGUAGCAGAUCUUUGACUCAGUGUGUUUCUGGAUCUCCAAAUGUUUGGCUGUUUAUAGAGUGCAUUAGUGACUUUUUCAGUCAGUGGCGUUGGUUUCGGAAGUAUUUUUUCCACUCAUUUCUCCCAUAAGGAUUUCAAAAAAGUCUUUGUUAAAGUGUUAUAAGCCAAUCAGCUACGAGGAGAAUCAUAACAUUACAAACUGUGAUUUGAAGCAAAAAAGUAUUUGAAAAUCGAACAAAAUUACAAAGGUACAAGACUGAACUUAACGGUUUUAGUGGGGGAAAGAACUACAAUCCCAUGAAGCAUUGCACACAGCAUAAUCAAGAAAUAAACAGCAUUUAUUGCAAAAUAUGAAUAUAUAUAUAAUCAAAUAUUUAAGUAUUUUGAGACCAAAAGUAGACUGUCAUUCACAGCGCUUCAUGGGAGUGGGCGGAACUAAGGAGUUGUUUGAUUGGUGGAAUUUUCUGUACAGCAUCAUGGGUAAUGUAGUUUUUUACCACAGAUUCUUCUGUUAAACAGUUAUUUCAAAACUAAGUUGAAAUAAUGUGAGCUGACAGCUUCAACAGAGGCAAAUACCAUCGAUUAAUGACCUCGUAGCUCACAGUAAGGCUUAAGUUAUCGUUAAAAAUCAAUUUCCUUAUGGAGUUUUUACUUCCGGAACCUGACUGUUGUACACUAUUGCUGUUGUCAACAUCAGAAAAGAGGCCUUAAUUAUGGAAGCUUGUUUCUGCCAUGGAAUAAAAAAAAUUAAAAAGGUAAUUGCGACUUUUUAUCUCUUUUUUUCCCCUCAUAAUUGCGAGUUAAAUUUCGAAAUUGCAAGUUAUAAACAUUGUAAAUGCAAGUUUACAUCCUGUAAUUCUGACUUUUCCCCUCAGAUUUUCAAGUUAUAAACUUUUUUCCUAAGAAUUCUAAGUUCAUAUCUUACAAUUUUGACUUUUUUCUCAGAAUUAUUAUUAUUUUUUUUUUUUUUCCCACCAAAGAAAACAAAAAUAAAAAUGGUAAUUGUAACUUUUUAUCUCACAAUUCUGCCUUCCUUGCAAUUGCGAGUUUAUAUCGCACAGUUCAGACUUUUCUUCUAAGAAUUACAAGUUUAUAUCUCGCAAUUAAAAAGUUGCAAUUAACUUUUUAAAAAAAAAAUUUAUUCCGAGGCAGAAAUAAGCUUCCAUACUUACUUAAUAAUCACAUGGGCCAUGACCAACAAUGAGAAGAUGUGUUUGAAUUCUUGAACUCUGUCAGGAGGAGGAUUUAAGAAUGUAUUUUUGCACAGAAAAUGAUCAUGGGUUUAUUACGUCUGUUUUUUGCGUGUGGAUUAUAUUUUAUGUUUAUUAGUCGUUGUCAGAAGCGAUUUGUUACCCAGUAUUCCAGCUGCACUCUUGCCUUGAUGAUUUAAAACAGCAUAUCUUGUGCAGGCCUCUUUAUCAUGACAAAUAAAUCAAGUUUUUCAUUUAAA